GCUACUAAAUUCCGGAACUCUUUCAGACGGCUCAGAUUCACUACACCAUGCUGAAACUAAUUUCCAAUUAUCCUAAGGAGUUCAAGAGUUGAGUUAUUUAAUAAAGAGCUCUUAUACCUGGAUUAAGGUAUCAGGCCAAGAGAAGACCAUCAAGACCCGACUGGAAGAUACAAAAGGAUUUUGCCUAAGAAUUCGAAGUCAUUCCACACUGAAGAGUUACAAAAGGACUGAGUCAGGUAGAAGAGUCGAUAAAACCACCUGAUCAAGGAAAAGGAAGGCACAGCGGAGCGCAGAGUGAAAAGCUCCCAGCGGCGAGGCGCCGGGCAGCUCCCCUGCAGCGGCGGACGGCGCGGCCCGGCCUGGCCAUGCCCGCGCUCUGGCUCAGCGGCUGCCUCUGCCUCUUGCUCCUCCUGCCUGCAGCCCGGGCCAACUCCAGGACGCCAGUCUGUGAUUGCAAUGGGAAGUCCCGGCAAUGCAUCUUUGAUCAGGAGCUUCACAGACUGACAGGAAAUGGAUUCCGCUGCCUCCACUGCAGCGACAACACUGGUGGCAUUCACUGUGAGAGGUGCAAGGAAGGAUUUUACCGCCACAGGGAGAGAGACCGCUGUUUGCCCUGCAACUGCAACUCCAGAGGUUCUCUUAGCCCUCGAUGUGACAACGCUGGACGGUGCAGCUGUAAGCCAGGUGUGACAGGGGACAGGUGUGACCGCUGUUUGCCAGGCUUCCACACCCUCACUGAUGCUGGGUGCACCCAAGACCGGAAGCUCCAAGACUCCAAGUGUGACUGUGAUCCAGCCGGCAUCUCGGGGCCCUGUGACUCGGGCCGCUGUGUCUGCAAGCCAGCUGUCACGGGAGAGCGCUGUGAUAGGUGCCGACCAGGUUACUAUCACUUGGACGGGAGAAACCCUGAGGGCUGCACCCAGUGUUUUUGCUACGGGCAUUCAGCCAGCUGCCAAAGCUCUGGAGACUACAGUGUCCAUAAAAUCAUAUCCACCUUCCAUCAAGAUGUUGAUGGCUGGAAGGCUGUCCAGAGAAAUGGGUUUCCUGCAAAGCUCCAAUGGUCACAGCGCCAUCAAGAUGUGUUUACUUCAGCACGACGAUCAGACCCUGUCUAUUUCGUAGCUCCUGCCAAAUUUCUUGGGAACCAACAGGUGAGCUAUGGACAGAGCCUGUCUUUUGACUUCCGUGUGGACAGGGGAGGCAGACACCCAUCUGCCCAUGACGUGAUUCUGGAAGGUGCCGGUCUACGGAUCACAGCUCCCUUAAUGCCGCGUGACAAGACACUGCCUUGUGGGAUCACCAAAACUUACACGUUCAGAUUAAAUGAACAUCCAAGCAGUAACUGGAGACCCCAGCUGAGUUACUUUGAGUAUCGGAGGUUACUGCGGAACCUCACAGCCCUGAGGAUCCGAGCUACCUACGGAGAAUACAGUACUGGGUACCUCGACAAUGUGACCUUGAUCUCAGCCCGCCCCAUCUCGGGAGCCCCAGCACCCUGGGUUGAACAAUGUGUAUGUCCUGUUGGGUACAAGGGACAGUUCUGCCAGGAAUGUGCUUCUGGCUACAAAAGAGAUUCAGCCAGACUGGGACCUUUUGGCACCUGUAUUCCUUGUAACUGCCAAGGGGGAGGGGCCUGUGAUCCAGACACAGGAGACUGUUAUUCAGGGGAUGAGAACCCUGACAUCGAGUGUGCGGACUGCCCCAUCGGUUUCUACAAUGACCCACACGACCCCCGCAGCUGCAAGCCCUGUCCCUGUCGCAAUGGGUUCAGCUGUUCUGUGAUGCCCGAGACAGAGGAGGUGGUGUGCAAUAACUGUCCCCAUGGCGUCACUGGCGCCCGCUGCGAGCUCUGUGCUGAUGGCUACUUUGGGGAUCCCUUUGGGGAACAUGGUCCAGUGAGACCUUGUCAGUCCUGUCAGUGCAGCAACAACGUGGACCCCAGUGCCCCCGGGAACUGCGACCGCCUGACAGGCAGGUGUCUGAAGUGCCUUCACAACACGACCGGUGCCCACUGCGACCAGUGCAAAGCUGGCUACUACGGGGACCCCUUAGCUGCCAACCCAGCGGACAAAUGUCGAGCUUGCAACUGCAACCCAACGGGCUCGGAGCCCGUGGAGUGUAGAAGCGAUGGCAGCUGUGUUUGCAAGCCAGGAUUUGACGGCCUCAACUGUGACCAUGCGGCAUUAACCAACUGUCCCGCUUGCUAUAAUCAAGUGAAGAGCCAGAUGGAUCAGUUUAUGCAGCAACUUGAGAGCCUGGAGACCCUGAUUUCGAAGGCUCAGGCUGGCGGAGGAGCAGUACCCGACGCAGAGCUGGAGGGCAGGAUGCAGCAGGCUGAACAGGCCCUUCGGGACCUUCUGAGAGAAGCCCAGAUUUCAGAAGGUGCUAUUAGAUCCCUCAACCUCCAGUUGGCCAAGGCCAGGAGCCAAGAGAAUAGCUACAGGACCCGCCUGGAUGACCUCAAGAUGACCGUGGAGAGACUUCGGACCCUGGGCAGCCAGCAUCAGGACCGAGUUCAGGAUACUCGCAGGCUCAUCACGCAGAUGCGCCUGAGCCUGGAGGAGAGCGAGGCUGCCCUGCAGAACACUAACAUUCCUCCCUCAGAGCACUACACGGGGCCAAAUGGCUUUAAAAGUCUAGCUCAGGAGGCCACGAGACUGGCAGACAGCCACUUCGAGUCAGCCAAUAACAUGGAGCAACUGGUCAGGGAAACUGAAGACUACUCCAACCAAGCCCUGACCUUGGCGCGCAAGGCUGCUGCUGAAGGAGGCAGCAGCGGCAGCCUCCGUGGCUCCGUGGUGCAAGAGCUUGUGGGAAAAUUGGAGAAAACUAAGUCUCUGGCCCAGCAGCUGUCAAGGGAGGCCGCUCAAGUUGACACUGAAGCAGAUACGUCCUAUCAGCAUAGUCUCCGCCUCCUCAGUUCAGCAACUCAGCUUCAGGGGGUCAAUGAUCAGUCCUUCCAGGUAGAAGCGAAGAGGAUCAGACAAAAAGCUGACUCUCUCUCAAGCCUGGUGACUAAGCGAAUGGAUGAGUUCAAGCGUGUGCAGAGCAGUCUGGGAAACUGGGAAGAAGAAACCCAGAAGCUCUUAGAGGAUGGGAAGAAUGAGAGACAGAAAUCAGAUCAGCUGCUUUCCCGUGCCAACCUUGCUAAAAGCAGAGCCCAAGAAGCACUAAGUAUGGGCAAUGCCACUUUUUAUGAAGUUGAGAACAUCUUAAAGAACCUCAGAGAGUUUGAUCUGCAGGUUGAAGACAGAAAAGCAGAGGCUGAAGAGGCCAUGAAGAGACUCUCUUACAUCAGCCAGAAGGUUGUAGACGCCAGCGACAAGACCAGGCGAGCAGAAACAGCCCUGGGGGGUGCUGCUACCGACGCCCAGAGGGCAAAGACUGCAGCCGGGGAGGCCCUGAAGAUCGCCGGCAAGAUAGAACAGGAGAUUGGGAGUCUGAACUUGGAGGCCAACGUGACAGCAGAUGGAGCCUUGGCCAUGGAGAAGGGACUGGCCACUCUCAAGAGUGAGAUGAAGAAAGUGGAAGGAGAGCUGGCAAGGAAGGAGCAGGAGUUCGACGUGGAUAUGGACGCAGUGCAGACAGUAAUUACAGAAGCCCAGAGAGUUGACAGCAGAGCCAAGAAUGCUGGAGUUACGAUCCAAGACACACUCAACACAUUGGAUGGCAUCCUACAUCUAAUAGACCAGCCUGGCAGUGUGGAUGAAGAGGGGCUGAUCUUACUGGAGCAGAAGCUUUUUCGAGCCAAGACCCAGAUCAACAGCCAGCUGCGGCCGCUGAUGUCAGAGCUGGAGGAGAGAGUGCGUUGGCAGAGGGGCCACCUCCGCUCGCUGGAGACAAGCAUAGAUGGCAUUCUGGCUGAUGUGAAGAACCUGGAGAACAUUCGGGACAACCUGCCCCCGGGCUGCUACAAUACCCAGGCUCUUGAGCAACACUGAAGCUGCCUUCGAGAUUUCCCAACUGGGGUUCUUAGGAUGGAGACCUCAGGCUCAGAAGCCAUCUCACGCGGGUGGGGUGGGAUGGGGACAUUUGAACGUGUUGAUGGGCAUUCUCAGCUCAACUGAACCUGGCCCCACCCCGAGACCUUGGCCAAGAUCAAUGUCUUAUUGUACCAGUGUGAUGCUCUUUGCUUCCUGAUGCAGGGCAAAGAGGCAAAUAGCAUUGAGUAUGAGACUCAUCAAGGGCCUGGACACCCAAAGGGUAGACCAGAUGGAAGGACAAACUGCACAGGCAGAUAGUCAUAAACCAACUCCUGGCGUAUGAACAAGUGUUGCCAUGUCGUAGGCGGCUUAUUCUUUGAGUAAAUGUGACCAAAGGAAAUUUUUUUUGACUUUGCCCAUGCAUAAAAUUCUUCCUAAUGUCAUAACAGAGAGUGAAUUGAAGUCAUGCUAUGGUCAGUAAAAUACUGUUGCCUCAUAGUGUUCAAUGUGUUCUUGUUGAUCAGAGUUCUUCCCACUUACUGACGAUCCAUGACAUGUACUCCACUUUCAAGCUGGAGGAAGUGAUAAACUGUAAGUCUGGCAUAUUUGGAGCAUUGGUAUCCUGCUACCUUUGAGUUCUUCUGGGCCUGGAAGUGACCACCUUUCCCCUGAUGAUGCCAGGCAACUUAGAGACAAUGUUUUUAUUAAAGCAUUUCUUACCAGGGAAGCAAACAUUGGGAAAGUAUUUACUUUCGAGUUUCAAAGUGAUAGAAAAAUGUAACUUGGGCUCUGAAAGAGGUGCAGUUAUCUAAGAAGAUGUAUUAGUCCUAAUUCAAUGCCAUUUUCAAACACUAAAAAUGAUAUGCCCCUAUGGGUUUUGUUCUUACACUCUCUUUCGAUAACAAUGUUCCUACUCAUACUUGAACUGGGUAGCAUCUAUCCUUCCAUCCAUCCAUCCAUCCAUCCAUCCAUCCUUACAACAUGUAUUUAUUGAGUACCAAUUGUGUGCCAGGGGCUGGAUGGGGUACAGUGGUGACAUAGUCUCUGCCUCAUAGAGUUGACUGAAUAGUAAGGAAGACAAACCUUAAAAAAAAAUUUAAACUUACAAAUCCUGUUCCUCACAAGUCAUUGCAAUAACCCCUUGGUUUGCAAGCUCAUUUUUUAACGGAACAUAUGUUGCAAGACAUUCCCGUGGGGCACUUGGAUUUUGGUAAAUAGCUGAAAUGACUCUGGAUUGUGCACUCUUUCUUGCAUUUCAGCUGUUGCUCUGCCCCUUUCUACAACUGAUUGCUACAGAUUGUUGAGUCAUAACACCAGUGGGAAUUUCUGGAAAACUCAGAGGCCCUUCUAGCCUUGGCUCAGUAGACUUUGGUACUGCCUCACCUCUGUAUUUCCUUGGCUUUUCAUGGACCUGUUUUUUUUAAAUAAAGAACAUUUGUAGAUGCCUGUGGUCAGUUUCUAAUUUGUUUAAGCAUAAGGUGUAGGUACCAAAGCAGUGGAAACAAAAAAUGCUUCAGAGAGAGAUGUGAGCCCCCAGAAUUAGCAUCUUUAAUUCCUUUUUCUGAGCACCUUGUUCACCCUUUCUAACCAGGCAAGCACUUUAUGAGAUUUAAUUGGUUCUGUCUCCUAAGCAUAAAGAAGGAUUUAUUUCUGGAACAACCUGAGCAGGGUGAGGGUGAUAAUUAAUGUUUUGGCUUUUUUUUUUCAUGGGCUAUAAAAAAAUAAAGACAAAAAUCAAUCAUUUGUGGUACAUUGUCAUGCUUUUUAAUCAACUAAAAUUUAGUAAAUGGAGAUCCUGAAUUGGCCAUCUACCCAAGUGACUGAGGACAUAAUUUUGCUUCUGCCUACACUGACCCCCCAAAUUCUGAUAGAUCUGAUCCCUAUGCUUUGCCUUCUCUGAAAGUGCAUUUUUAAUCCUGUCUUGGCAUACUCAAUCACAUAUCUUACAAAUUUGACUGAAUUAACUACAAUAUCACACAAACCUAAAAAUAUGCAUAAUUCACUCAUGAUUGACUUUUUCCUUGUUCUCAUCACAUACUGGAUGGAGAGAAAGUUGGCAGAGUAGCCCUCCACAUAUUCAUUGCAGAGGCCCUGCCAUUUAUAACAUGACUUUUAAGAUUGCGCUAGUCAGCAUCUCCCUUCCAGUGGGUGGAGAGGGAAAAAGGCAUGGAAGAAGGAGGUCCAUGGAAGUUUUCGUGGGGCAGGACUGGUGAAGGCUGAACAUCACUUUCUAUCACAUUCCAUGGUCCAGAACCCAGUAUUAUUAUGACCACCUCUAACUUAUAAGGUGUCUGGGAAAUAGAGUCCCUUGGCAGGAAGCCAAUUCUCUGACAGUUCUGUACUAUGAAAGGGGAGAAUGCAUCUUAGUGAUUGGCUAUCUAUUUCUGUCAAGUAUACAUAUUCCAGGGAACUUGGUGGGGGAUCCAAGGGUGCCUGCAAUCAUAAAAGGAUUCUUUCAUGGGAUUGACUGUUAAGAGAGUCAUAAGAUUGUCUUCCCUGACACAGGGGAGAUGAUCCCUAUGUAAAGAUGGGAAACGGAAAAGUGACUCAUGUGACUCUAUUUGGACAGAAAUGAUUCCCUCAUUUCUGAGGUUGUGGUAGAUUGUCCCUAAGAUGAGAGAAGGAACAUGUGACUUAGAAAUAGCCUCUUCAGGACUUAGACUCUGAUACCAGUCUUGACCUGACCCUGCCAAGUUAAGGGCACUUUCCUUCCUCUUUCUUAUCAGAAUUUGUGAUUUGUAGUAGAAAGUCUUUUGUGCUUCUGAGAGUUAUCUAAUUGUGCCAUUGGUAAGCUAUCACACAUAUUUUCAUCUGUUUUGACUCAUGGGGAUUUCUGUCUGGAGAAGUGGGUAGAAAUGAAAUGCACGUGGACUGUAACUUCUUAGUCAAUGUACUUCUGAUCUUAUCCCAGGAUGUGGGCUUUUUUUCAGUACAUUUGGCAGGUUGGACAAAAUGUAAGAUGGAUACUUGGUAAUGUUCAAUGUUUGGAACAAGUUUCAAGGACUGGGAAUGUGUUUAUCUUUUUUUUUUUUAAUGUUUUGCAUGGUCAUGGUAAUGUUGUAAAUUCUUGCUGUGGCCCAGUUUUCCCACCUGGAAAGCAGAGGUUAGACUCUUUUUCCUCUGCUUUCUUUAUACUAUGGGCUACAUGGAACUUUCUAGGAAAUUCCAAGAUCUGAAGUUUACUUAUGGGUCAUAAGGGAAAAAAUGCGUUAUGUACAUGUUUGUUAACUUAUAGAUACAAUAUAUAUUUUGUAAGUUAGUAUAAGUAAGCAAAAUAAACCAAUGUUUAUACCCAAUAUUAAACAAGAGCUCAUCAUUACAUACUCUCAGGACAGAGGGGAAAAAAGUGUUUCACUUUGUGACUAAAGCAGCAAAUAUAAAUACAAACCAUCAAUUUAUAAGUCAUAUCAAGUACCAUAAUGAUAUGUCACCAAACCCACAUAGCUGACUAAUCUCAGUCUUAAACAAAAAAAGAGACCAAGAACCAAAAUGAUAAACACACACACACACACACACCCCCACCCCCACCCGUCCCUAAGCUGACAAACCAGUAGCUAAACCUUAAGUGAGCUGGUGGCGUGGAGAAUUGUUAUUCUACCUUCUGAAUCACCAUUCAGACCUAAACCCAUACAUAACGUUUGUCACAGUUAAAAAUUAAAUAAGAUCGAAUAGUCACAGCAGGGUUGAACAAUUAACUUAUUCAUUUUUAGCCUGUUCACUUUGCCAAACAAAACCAAUCAUGAGUUUAACAAUUUCUGUCUUACUUAAUAUCCUUUAUGUCAAGAAGCAAGUUUUUCAAGUUUUUAAUUUUCACAAAUACAUUUUUAAUUCACAAAGAACUAACUUCUUCAAGGAUCCAAAGCUAACCAAUACCAGACUGUGCAGGUUAGGUAGAACCAAAGAUUUCAUUUAAAAAAAAAAAAAAAAGAGUUAAAACUUAGGCACAAUUGAACAAAUUUGCUAAUUAUUCUUCCCUUCUUAUGCGUGUGGUUGUGUAUACUUUCAUAUUACACAUGCGGCAUUAGCUAAACCAAGCAGAAAAUCUCCUGCUCUAAGAGCAUUCUUAACAACUGUUGGCUCCCAUCAAGUAAGACUGUGAAGAAAAAGUGAUUAAUACUGCAACUCACAGAGAAGAUUCUAGACCAAGACACAAGGCUCUAGUAGUAUCAUCUUAUUUAUUAACGUAGUUGAACCAUUUUGCUGAUAAAACUUUUGUCUGUGACUAUUCUAGCAACAAAAUUUUACUCAAAAUAUUGCACUGUGAGAUGUGGUGUUGCAGCUUCAAUGUAGUAUUUAUUAAUGUGUUGAUUUCCAUAAAGCAAAUCUUAUUCUUAAAAUGGCAGAUUCAGUGACCAAAAAAGUGAUUCAAAAAAGCUUUCCCCUUCCCAUGCCAAUUCUUGAGACUGCUAGGAUCAAGCUGAGGUUUGGGCCCCAGACCUAGACUGAAGGAGGAGGGAAAGAGAGUAAUUCAUUCCUAUCUGACUGUUACAGGCUAAUAGAACAUUCCAAACAUACUCAACAAAGAAACCACAUGAAAAAUCGCAUUUACUGGGCAGCUAUAGGAAGGUGCAAACCAAAUGAAAUGGACAGAACACGUUCAUCACCUUUACCAUGAUGCUAUUCCUAAGGUGUCUGAAUUGGAUGAACUACAAAAUUCAUCCUUGGACCCAUCCUUCCCCUCUUACCUGCCCGCCUUCACAUUGGAAAAGAUCCUGAGCUUUUCACAUACUGACUUAUUUUUGAAUUACUCUUUUGAUGAAUAACAUAUAAUAACAUGCUUCUCUCUCUUAAUCUGAGAGAGAGAGAAAGAGUAAGGGAGAGAGAGAGUGUGUGUGCCUGUCUGUUUGGGGGAGUAGAUUUGGGCUAGUAAAAUACAAGUCAUUUCUCCCUGUAAUUCUCUGCCUCUUGCUGUAGUUUGAUUAGAGUCUCACUUUCAAUUUAAUUAGAAGACCACGUUCUUUUGUUCUUUCUGAGAAGCUGGAGCAGGAGACUAGGGAACGUGGGAGAAAGGUUGGCCAAGCCGGGACAGGAAGAACCGCUUCUCUAGAAGCUCCAGUUCUGGGUUUCAGGCACUUCAGGAAGAGACUUUCCUCCCCUGUUCCCAUGUACAUUCAAGGAAAAUGAAAGCAAGAAGGCCCCAAAGGCUGCCUGGGUGGGAGAAGGGAGGUGGUGAAUGAGGUACCCGCUAGCAGCACAGACACCCCCCGCCCACAGGGCCAUUCCUUGAGGAGAGAGUCAGUGACACGAAGGGUUUCCCUUGUGCCUAUUCUUACAUAUCAGCCACUUUCAUGCAAGCGGGAGAGACAUUUUUAUUGGUAGGCAGGAAAUGGGGCUUCAGACCCCUUCUUGACACAGUCAUUCUAGCCCAUGCCUUUCUCACGAUCUCUGAACCUUUGGGUCAGCCAUUGUAGGAAGGAGCAGGACCUCAGGCUGGAAGUCAGGACCUGGAGGUCAUCCUGUGGGCACCUGGGGGCACCACUUCCAACUCUGAAUCAUCUCUCUGGUAUUGGCCUUGGUUGGGUCACAGUCACGUGUCCUGCCCUGGAUUGAAAGAGGGGAUCUGACCUCCCUGUAGCAAGUGAAGAAGAGGGCAGGGCAGGAAAUGGACGCUUCUAUCCAAAAGGGGAGUCACUUUUCCUUAUAUUAAAGGAAAGCUAUUUUAUCAUGAUCCUUGCGAUCGAUUCACCAGGACAGACUCUUUCUCAUUUCAUUCCUAGAAAUCUACUUCUAUCCCUGUUACUUUCUUUAGCUCAUCUCACUCUCCCUACAAAUGUGUUCUCUGCCCCCACACUGAAUGCUGGAGAGUCAGCUCUGUUUCUUCUCAUGGGUCAUGAACUAAAUGGGGUUUGACCACAGAGUCCAGCAAAGAAAGAGUGGACCAAAGAAACAAAAGACAGCUGGUUGUUCUCGGAUCAGUUCACGUGGAUCUUCAGAAUAAACUAUCCAUAAACUUCAUAUCCUUGAAGAUGUGUGCUUCCCCAGGGAAUCCAGCUCCCUGAUUUCCUUUGUAUCAUUUCCUGGCUUCUGACUGCCUUGCCUAGACAAAGGUACUUCUGUCUUUUUCUCCCUAGCACUAGUGCAAUCUUGAGCACUUUCUGGGUCUUUGCCUUCCACAAAGCAAACCUUUCUUGGAUUCAGAUGUCUUCUAAGCCAUUGCCAUUUCUAGCAGUAAAUUUCUAACGGAAACCUAGCUACAGCCUUCUUCACCAUCACAUCCUCCCCCCAGGACUAGCACACAUAAGGCUGUAUACAGGGAGCACCUGGGACAGACAUAAGUUAAGAGAGAGAUGCCAGGUAAAGACUGAAAGCUGCCAUCUUAUCUGGUAUCAUGGGGAACCAAAGGAGCAGAGAUCAUGUGGUGUGAUGACCUAACGGUCAGGGAAACAUUAGCCUUUUGUCAGGCUUUACAUUUGCUGUGUGACCUUGGACCAGUCAUUUAAUCCAGUGGAUCUCUGCUUCCUCAUCUUUUAAAAGAAACUUUGGCUCAAUUAAUCUCUAAAGAUCUUCUCAGAUUCCAUGAUUCUUAGCUGAACACCGAGAGCCAAGACAGUAUCUUUUGUCCUUUGGAGAUUAUUUCCAUAAUCCAAGAGGAUAAGCCCUCCCCCUGCAACCAUUUUCUGUUAAAUUUAUUUUCCUGGAGGAUACUGAAGGAUGCUACAGAUGUUCCUGGCAUCAACCAAUACCUCCCACCCAAUACCUCCUGGGCCAGGGCUGGUACUAGAUAUCAACAAAAUUAUCCUAUAGUUUGGGGACCAUUUCUCAAAGAAUCAAAAACCUAAGAGC